UGGAGUUGAACCCAGGUAAGCGCCACACCAUCUCCCCAGGCGCAGGCGAUAAUUUCUCCUCCCCAGGCGCGGGCGAGAGAGAGAUCGCCGCAGCGGUUAAACCUCUUUCCCACUCGGAUCUCUUCGGCGAUGGAGGGCGAGAGCGGGCGGUGCGUGCGAGUUCUCUGCCCUAAGAAGACGCUCCUCGGCUUCUCCUCUUCCUCCAAGGAGUCUCCGGGUAUUCGAUGGCUGAUCGGAUCCCCUCUCUUCCUUCCUCCCCUCACCGUUGUCUCUGCCUUCCAGUGCCUCCACGGCGAUCCCUUCUUACCGGACUUCUCCAGAGAAGCAGAUGAUAUUCGCAUACUAUUGUUGAGAGGAUUCGAUAUUAUAGGAGCAUUGUUCAUUGGCCAUGGAUCUUUGAAGGAAAAUGCUAUUAGGGCGGUGGAGGCCUCUUGUAGAUUGAGAAAGUCCCUUCAUAAUGAUGAAGUAAGUUUCGAUAUGAUCGGAGCAGCUGCUGAUUUGCCCAUUGGUGACAUUCACUUUUUGGUCUCUGAUUCUGCAAGACCGAUAAAUAUGGAAGCUAGCACUGUUAUCUAUGAAGAUAAUCCUGAUAAAUAUCUGUGGGAGAAAGGCUGUCUACUUAGAUGUGAGUUGGCAUUCAAGUUGCCUGCCUAUUUUCCUGUAAAUAAAACUCCUG